AUGGAACCAAAUAAUAAUAAUAAUAAUAAUAAUAUUGAUGAAGAUAUCGAAUUGGAGAUUAAGAAAAAGGCCAAUAUCGAUCGAAUGCUAGGUGACAUUGAAUUGGAAGAAAAGAAAAAGAAUGAAGAGAAUUAUCAUAUGGAUGUAACCUUUGAUGAUGAUGAUGGUGACCAAGACAUUGAUUUAAAAGUUAGAAAUCAUGAAUUUAGCUUUGUCAAUCAAUUCUCUGCUCUUUUCAAAAAAUCAAUAGCCUAUCAAAAACGUCAAUACAAAACAAAUAUCCUUCAAGCACUAGUUCCAGUUUUAAUGAUUAGUAUCAUGUCAUUAGUACAAUUAGCAACUCCACCCAUUUUAUAUCCAGAUAAUCAACAUCCAAUUAGUUUCCCACCACCAUUUAUUUUCCCACCCACUCUAAACUUGACCGUUCCAUACUUGGUUUCUCCAACCAUCAAUCUUGCUGAAUUAGGUUCAUGUUGUCAAAACAACUCUGGUCUUCUUGGUUUAUUUACAACAUCUUAUCAAACUAGUAAAGAUCCACAAUAUCCAGCAUUAGGAUUAAUUCCAACUGAAUCAUUCCAAUUCCAAAGAUACCCAAGUCAAAAAGUAUUGGAUUAUUCAUCGUAUCAUCAAGGUGCUACAAUUGGUAAUUUUGAUUUCUUGAUGAGUUAUAUCUUCAACAAGUUGAAUGUAAAGCCUGGAUUGUCUGCUGAAACUGAUAUCGCUCUACUCAGUAACAAUACAGUCUCUAGUUCAUCCAUUAUCAGUCCUAUUCACAAUGCCAUCUAUAAAAAGUUGACUGGAGAUAUCAACAGUACUCUUAUCACUGGUGUAAGACCAUUCCCAAACUUUGCUACCGAAGAGAAAAAAGAUAUGAUUCAACCUCAAGAAAACUUUUGGUAUUUAUUCAUGUUAUCAUUUUGUAUGGUUAUUUUCGUAUCCAAUGUUGUUUAUGAAAAAGAAAAUAGAUUAAGAGAAAGUAUGAAAAUGGCUGGUCUAAGAAUGAGAGUGUAUUGGUUGGUUACCUACAUGUUUAAUUUUUCACUUUACCUUGUCAUUGUAUUCGUUGCUAUUGCAUUUGCUUAUAUUCUUAAAUUUAAAUUCUUUACAGAAACAUCAUUCUCUGUAUACUUUGUAUUAUUUAUUUUAUUUGGUAUGACUCAAAUAUCAUUCUCAUUUUUUAUUUCAGUCUUUUUCUCUUCGGUUUAUACAUCGACUGUUGUCAGCUUUAUCUAUAUUAUAUUCACAGCAUUGUCAUCGAAUCUUUUAAACAAUGCGUUUAUCGAGAACCCAGAUACCAAUCUAGCCACAUUUGUCAUCACUGCUCUCGUUCCACACGUCGCUUUUCAUCGUGCCGUAUCGUACAUCUCGUUGGCCUAUGUCGAUAAUAUGCCAGGUCUCACAUGGGACAGAAUCUUUGAGCACCAUCAAAUGCCAUCACUCUACGGUCUCUUGUUUGGUGAAUUCCUUCUCUUUACACUAUUACAUCAAUACAUGGAAAUGGUCAUUCCAUCAUCCUAUGGUGUUCGUCAUCAUCCACUAUUCUUUUUACAAAAAUCUUUUUGGCAUUUUAAAAUUUAUGGUACUUCUCCAACAACCGUUAAUCAAAUUAAUAAUAAUCAAAAUAAUCAAAAUAUGAAUAAUAAUAGUGAUAAUAAUCUUACAUCAGUAUUGGAUAUGUUACCACCAGAUAUAGUUGAUGAAAAUAGAUAUACCUAUUCCAAUGAAUGUUCGGCAUCUGUUAGAAUUAUGAAUCUAUCCAAAACAUUCAAGGUUAUGAAUCGUACCAUUCAAGCUGUCGACAAUCUAACUCUAUCUGUUGAAAAAGGUCAAUGUUUUGGUUUAUUGGGACCAAAUGGAAGUGGAAAGACAACAACUCUUUGUGUAUUGUCUGGUUUAUAUUCACCGACAAAGGGUAGCGCAAUUAUCGAUGGACACAAUAUUAUCGAUUCUUUGGGAAAGGCACAGCAAUCUUUGGGUGUAUGUGCACAAGAUGAUGUCUUGUGGGGAGAGAUGAGUGGUCGUGAACACUUGCUAUUCUAUGGAAGAAUGAAGAAUCUCAAUGGUCAAGCUUUGAUCAAGAUUGUCAAUCGUUCACUUGAAGAGGUCAUGUUGACCGACGCCCAACACAAAGCAGUUCGUGAAUACUCUGGUGGAAUGAAACGUCGUCUCAUGUUGGCCAUCUCUCUCAUCGGUACUCCUUCUGUUGUAUUACUUGAUGAACCAACUGCUGGUGUUGAUAUAUAUAGUAGACGUAUAGUAUGGAAUGUAAUUAAUAGUUACAAGAGUAAAUGUGCCAUUAUUUUAACGACACAUAAUAUGGAGGAAGCUGAAGUGUUGUGUGACCGUGUUUGUAUUAUCGAUAAUGGUCAGAUGAAAUGUAUUGGAAGAAAUGGUGAUCUUAAAAUUAGAUAUGGAGCAGGACAUACAUUGUCAGUGUCUACCGAACAUGAUACCGAUAUCAAUGAGUUUUUGUAUCGUACUAUUCCCGAUGUCAAGUUGAUCCAUCAGAUAUCGUUGACCAAGAGUUAUGCCGUGCCAAGAUCAAGUGGUCUCAAACUGUCGGCACUCUUUAACACCAUCUUGAAUAACAAGGACAACUAUGGUAUCACCGAUUGGGGUAUCUGCCAAUCCGGUCUCGAAGAAGUACUACUUCAAGCAACGUCUACCGAUACCAACAACCACAUCAAUGUUAAUAACAAUAGCCAUAACAUCAUCCACCAUGACACCAACAACAACAGCAAUGAAAUUGCCAUGAAUACUAUUGUUGAUCAUCAGCAUGCUUAG